AUGGCCAGCCCAGUCACUCAAAUUGCUCCGGGUGAUGUCGAUAGCUAUGACUAUGUCAUUGUUGGUGGUGGUACCGCCGGCUGCGUGAUCGCCAGCAGGUUGGCGGAGUAUCUUCCCCGGAAGAAGAUCUUGCUUAUCGAGGCCGGGCCUAGCGAUUACAUGGAUGAUCGGGUUUUGAAGCUGAAGGACUGGCUGAGCUUGCUUGGUGGUGAAUUCGACUAUGAUUACGGCACUACCGAACAGCCCAUGGGAAAUAGCCAUAUUCGCCAUUCGCGUGCUAAGGUGCUUGGAGGCUGCUCAAGCCACAAUACCUUGAUAUCUUUCCGCCCGUUUGAAUACGACUGCAAAGUGUGGGAAAGCAAGGGUUGCAAGGGCUGGAACUUUGAAACUUUCACUCGCAUGAUCGAUAACCUCCGCAACACCGUGCAACCGAUCCAUGCCCGGCACCGCAAUCAGCUUUGCAAAGAUUGGGUGCAGGCCUGUUCAACCUCGCUUGAUGUCCCCAUCAUCCCCGAUUUUAACCAAGUCAUCCGUUCUGAAGGCAAAUUGACGAAGGGAACCGGUUUCUUCUCAGUCUCUUACAACCCUGAUGAUGGAAGACGAAGCAGCGCAAGCGUUGCCUAUAUCCAUCCAGUGUUCAGCGGAGAGGAGAAGAAGCCCAAUCUCACCAUCUUAACCCACGCCUGGGUCUCAAAAGUUAACGUCACUGGUGACACCGUAACCGGUGUGAAUGUCACUCUUCAGUCAGGAACCAAAGUGACCCUCCGUGCUAAACGGGAGACCAUCCUCUGCGCUGGCGCAAUAGACACCCCCCGUCUCCUCCUGCUCUCGGGUAUCGGACCGCGCGAGCAACUCUCCUCCCUCUCCAUUCCCGUGGUAAAGGAUCUCCCUGGCGUCGGAGAGAACCUAGUCGACCACCCAGAAACCAUGAUCAUGUGGGAACUCAACCGGCCCGUACCUCCAAACCAAACAACCAUGGACUCCGAUGCAGGCGUCUUCCUCCGCCGAGAGCCAAUUAACGCCGCAGGAUUUGAUGGUGACAGCGCUGACAUCAUGAUGCACUGCUACCAAAUCCCAUUCGGCAUCCACACCUCCCGCCUGGGCUACGAUGUCCCCGUUGACGCAUUCUGCGUAACCCCAAACAUCCCCCGACCCCGUUCCCGCGGCAGACUCUACCUCACCUCGGCUGACCCAGCGGUCAAACCGGCCCUGGACUUCCGCUAUUUCACCGAUCCCGAGGGCUACGAUGCGGCUACCAUCGUUGCAGGUCUGAAAGCUGCCCGUAGGAUUGCAGAGGAGGAGCCUUUCAAGAGCUGGAUCAAGCGUGAAGUUGCUCCUGGACCCAACACUACUUCUGAUGAAGACCUAAGCGCAUAUGGCCGAUCAGUGCAUCAUACCGUCUAUCACCCUGCCGGUACCACCAAGAUGGGCGAUGUUCAAAAUGACCCCAUGGCCGUCGUCGAUCCAGCUCUCAAGGUACGCGGGUUGAAGAAUAUCAGAAUAGCAGACGCCGGUGUCUUCCCUGAUAUGCCUAGUAUCAACCCUAUGCUUACAGUCUUGAGCGUUGGCGAGCGUGCUGCCGAAUUGAUCGCCGAAGAAGCUGGAUGGCGUCCCUCGUCUUCUCGUCUAUAA